UAAAAGAAUAUUUGGACUUUCACAAAACAAAAUGCCUGCAGCAUUGUACUACUACUUCACCACCACAAUUCUUCUCGUCCUUAUCUCAAGCACAAAUGCUGCAACAAGGCACAGCCAGUACCUAAGCCAGGCUAACCAAUUUUUGGCUCCUCAAAAUGCUGCCCGGUCAGCCACCAAAAUGAAGCCAUUGGUUUGGGAUGCGAAGUUGGCAGGGUAUGCACAAUGGUAUGCAAACCAAAGGCGAUACGACUGCGCUUUGAGGCACUCAAACGGCCCUUAUGGGGAGAACAUUUUCUGGGGUAGUGGCACCGGGUGGACACCGGCUCAGGCAGUGACGGCAUGGGCUUCGGAGAGCAGGUGGUACAAUUACUGGUCUAAUUCUUGUGCUAGAGGGCAGGAAUGUGGGCAUUAUACACAGAUUGUGUGGAGGUCCACAAGAAGAGUUGGGUGUGCUAGAGUCACUUGUUUGGGUGGUAGGGGUGUGUUCAUGGUUUGCAACUAUGACCCUCCUGGGAAUUAUAUUGGAGAAAGGCCUUAUUGAAUAUUUCAUAGAAAUUGCAUGCUGUUUAUGUGCCUUUGAGGCUGGCAACA